CUCCGAUUGGCUGAAUGCAUCAAGCAGCGACUCGUGAUUGGCCGGGUCUUGCCGCUGGGCCCCGCCCUCUCGGACAGGGCUUGCUAGCGCUUCCUGCUAUCGGUGAGCCCGAGGUCUGCGCAGUCGGUGAUGUCACCUGAGGCUCUGGGCCUAAACGUGACAGUCCCACGGUAUCCCGAAUAUUACGCUCAGGGCUCCCAGCAUCCCUCGGGGCUGUGACGUCACCCGGCCAGGCCAAGGCCCCCUGCAUCCCUGGAUUCCAGCUAGGUAAUGAGACUGUUGCCUAGCAACUGCGCCAUGGAAUGUGCGCUGUAUGAGGCGUGUGACGUCAUGUCUGUGUAGCAGGGCUUACCUGGCUGUGGAUACUGUAACCCCAAGAGCUUGCAAUCUACCUCCUUAGUCAUGAUUCACCCCCAGCUAACUCUGUAACCCCUUUAUGACCAUAAACCCUUAUCCUCAUUUAUUAUCAUUUUUCUAUAUAACAUCUUUAUUGACUAAUACAUGGAGAUAUAUCAGUAAAAUGUUUGUACAUUAUUUAAGGAAUGAUUGAUCUGGCAAGCCUGCUCUCUAAAGCUGACACUUUUAAAAAAUUUUUAUUAUUCUUCUUUCCCAACAGGCACCCGAAGCCAGAAAAAUCAUCACGUGCCGCCAUGGGAACAGAACUCCUCUUGAGUGACCUGGACUCCAAAUUCUGUGCCGAUAAUCUUUUAACCAACGAGGACUGGGGUACAAUUAUUACAUUGAUUCAUUUUUAUUCUUACAAAUAUUGAUCAUUUUAUGCAGAGCUAACGUUGUGUGUAGAACUGUGAAGGGGACGACAAAAUGUAAACUGAUUAGUGACAGCUCAAACUCAAGUGCGCUGUGAUAAAAGGAAAGGAUGGCCAUGUGGGAAUGUGCACACACCCUAACCGUGGCCUUGGUUCAAUGAGGAAGUGUCAAACAUUUAUUCAGUGGUAAAGCCCCAGUCAAGUAACAACUUGUGCUACAAGUACACGAUUUGAAUAAUUCAUUAGUUUACUUUCAUUGUUCCUCAUUUGUCUUUUUAACAGAGUACUAUUGGUAUCAGAUGUUGUUGUUUUUUUUUUUUUUUUUUCAUUACGUCUCCAUUAGCCACUGAUUUUUAAGGUAUUUUCCAAGCAUUGUGUGGCUGGUGUUUCUGUUUUCCGCUAACACCAAUGGUUCUGCGUAAUGAGACACUGUUUAAUAAAUGUUAAAUGUGCAGAAUGUUCUUCCUUUAUGGUCUGUUGUCAGAUUCUGAAGCGAUGUUUGAAAAAAACGCUCAUGUGCUUGUUUGGAAAAUAGGGCCUCUCUAAGCACCAAAUCCACUCUGCCUUUAAGGUUUAGAUGCUUCCCUUUUUUUACCUGACAAAUAAAAUUGCCAUAAAGUACGAUGACUCUCUGUGUGCCCAGUGCUUUGUCUAGAAAAGCAUUGGAUCCAAUUCUUCUCUUUAAGAAGUAAUUUGUUUGGCUGAGUGCAGCCAUUGCUGCCGCGCACCCUAUGUCCCCUGUGUUUAUUUAUGGACUUUGAUUGUGCAAAAGUCAUCAUAACUGAUAACUCCAUCAAAACUGUGUCUGGUCUGGAUUCCAAACCUACACAAAAAAAAAUUGAAUUAGGGGGCACACCCGGAACUUGCAAUUCUAAGUAGUGAUGCUUCCAUAAAGACGAAAAUGUAUACAAAACACAGAUUAGGGAACAGCGCACAGGCAAAAAAAGUACAGUAUUAAAUUGUAGAAGUCUACUUAAUAUCACCUAUCUUAGCAAACAAAUAUGAGAAUCCAGUACCGCCAUAUGGCCAUUUCGUGUUAAGCCCAUUACUACAUCACAGUACCCAAAAUCGGUGGGUCCUACACUAAUUUUAACAUGGGAGAUUAACAUGCUAACUCUCUUUUUUUUCUGUGUAGAUUUGAAAUCCAGACCAGAUUGCUGUUGGCCUGAGCAUCCCACCCAUACUCUAAAGGUGCCCCUUUGGAGGUGACCACAGAAAAAUAUAAAUCGAGGAGAGUGUCUGGAAGCAGUUUAAGCAAUAAGUAUUGCAGUUAGCAUGUUAAUCUCCCAUGUUAAAUAAGUGUAGGACCCACCGAUAUUGGGGUACUCAUAGUUGUAGGCUAAUGGGAAGGUAUCAUUACAAUGAAAGAUGGAGAUAGCCACAGAUCAGGCUUUGGAAGAACAAGCUGAACUGCAGGGAUUUUGUUUUUCAUCUAAUAUGGAAAUUAUCAAUAUUUUACCUGUAAUGGCACAUAUUUUACCUAUAUAUCUAAGCUGGACAAAUAACCGAACCCAGUAACUAUUUUAUUGAGACUAUUUUGGCCUAAAUGUAAGAUUUAAAGGUCAAUUCCCAGUUGAGUGAUUUACUGGCUGUUAUACAAUGGAUGUGAUGAAACCUUUCUUCUAGUGAUGAACAGAAUCUCCAAUUCUUCUGUGAACAAGUGCAAUUUGUGUAUAAUAAGCCUCCUGUGUAAUGCAGCCUGCUAGACCCAGUCAGAUGAGUGGCGAAUUACCAAACAACUUAAAGGGGAACUGCCACUUGUCACAGUUUUUAAUAACAUGCUUACUUUUAGCUAUAUUUAACAUGUGUGCAUUUGUGAGGUGUAGAAAAUUAACUGAAAUGUAGCAACCUCCACCUCUUUAUCCUUUGCUUUCUGUCAAUCAUUGUUAUAAACUGCCUUUAUUUCACUUUUCAUACAGAGAAAAUAAAAAUUAGAGGGCUCCGGUCACGAUCAAAUGAACUUUAGUUCUUAUAAAACACCUUAAAAUUCCAUCUAUGCGUUGCACUAGCAGUUUUGCUAGCAAAUGUAUAUUUUAGGGAAAAAAACUAUUUUAAAAUAUAUAUUUUUUUUUUCAAUCUGACUCUCAAUCUGCCGAGGAAUUGAAAGCCAGGGAGAGCAGAAGACCACCUUCCACAGAAUGUCCCUCUGCUCUCCACCCAUAGCAACCACAGCUCAUGUGCUGUGGUUGCUAUGGUAACUCCAUACCCAGUACUGAUAGCAUUGGCUAGGGAGUAUAGGAACGGAGCUGACAACGAAGAGGAAGUGUCCCCAAGCAGAGUAAUUUGAUUAAGACAGCAAGAGGAGCGCAGGCGGACCAGAGGUGGGUGAUACAGGUGUGUUACACCCACCUGUUUAGUGAGAUCGUGGCGGAGGGCCAGGUAAGGAAUGACCGUUUCCCUUUAAGGUGUAUUUCUAUUAAUCAUCAUUUUCAAUGGACACCUUGGCUCUGCCUGGACUGUACUAGAUUGUGAUGUCAUUUAUUAAAUCUUUAAUAUAAUUUUUUAUUUUUUUUUUAAACGGAGCUUUGCAAUAAAAAAGACUUAACAUGCAUUAUUGGGGGGGCGGUUAAUGUAGUUUCAAUGCAGAAAGCUGUAUUUCUGGACAUGGCAACGUAGGAGAGAAAGAGAAAAAUAUAUUUCUGCAUUGCAAGACAUCCCUUUAAGUGCACUGCAUCGUAUUGUAGAGAGUGGAGAAAUUAAGCUAAGGGUGGGCCUUAUCCCUGUUCUCACGAUUCCAUGGAAUAUCAGAGCCGAUCUCUUUUGUGUGAAGAUUUUCCAUGCUUGUCAGAUUUUACCUGCUCACAAAACUCUCUCACUAGUUGAUAUAGAAACGAGCUGCAACUUGGAACAUGGCAAGCCUUUUUUUAAUUAUUUUUUUAUAUUUUAUUUUUAUUGGCUUUUUUGUUGUAACUCCUGUGUCAUUACAAUGCAGAGUACGGAUAUAAGAAUGAGUUACAAUACAGAAAAGAAAAAAAAAAGAACUAUUAACAUAUAGCAUCGCAACAUCGCGCAGUUACAUACAUAAAUCACAUCAACCAUAGCAUGGGUAUUUGGCCUACAUUCGUAGUAUUUGCAUAUCUAAUAUAUCCCGCAACCAUCCCGCUCCUCCGAACCCCCUGUGAAAACUAUGUGAAAUUGCAGGGUUCGUGCCGUGUUUGGUCAAAAGGUUGCCCUACCCUUGAACCCAUGAGUAAGUCGCAAGCCUUCCCUUUAGCUCGUCUCCUUCACAUGCUUACCAUUUGAUAUUGAAACAAAUUAGAACUGGCAACACAACAAGCCUCCUCCGCAGUCAGUCCUUCUCCCACUCUUGCCACAAUCUGUAGAUAGGAGCUGCAGUCUACCACAUGUUGUCUCCUUCCUGUCUGCCUGCUUCUUGCACUUGUCACAUUACUGAUUAGGCUUCCUUAGCACCAUUAUAGAAGAGCAAGAGAGUUUGUGCACGCAGAUAAUUAGCAGCAUUGAAGAUACUGUAACCUUUCCGCAAAAGCCAAAUAAUAACCAGAAUCUAUUUUAUUAAAUAGUCCAGCAACGAUUCAAUAAGAACCAGAAUCUAUUUUAAUGAAUAGUCCAGCAACGAUUCAAUAAUAACCAGAAUCUAUUUUAUUAAAUAGUCCAGCAAUGAUUCAAUAAGAACCAGAAUCUAUUUUAUUGAAUAGUCCAGCAACGAUUCAAUAAUAACCAGAAUCUAUUUUAUUGAAUAGUCCAGCAACGAUUCAAUAAUAACCAGAAUCUAUUUUAUUCAAUAGUCCAGCAAUGAUUCAAUAAUAACCAGAAUCUAUUUUAUUCAAUAGUCCAGCAAUGAUUCAAUAAUAACCAGAAUCUAUUUUAUUAAAUAGUCCAGCAAUGAUUCAAUAAUAACCAGAAUCUAUUUUAUUAAAUAGUCCAGCAAUGAUUCAAUAAUAACCAGAAUCUAUUUUAAUGAAUAGUCCAGCAAUGAUUCAAUAAUAACCAGAAUCUAUUUUAAUGAAUAGUCCAGCAAUGAUUCAAUAAUAACCAGAAUCUAUUUUAUUGAAUAGUCCAGCAACGAUUCAAUAAUAACCAGAAUCUAUUUUACUGAAUAGUCCAGCAACGAUUCAAUAAUAACCAGAAUCUAUUUUAAUGAAUAGUCCAGCAAUGAUUCAAUAAUAACCAGAAUCUAUUUUAUUCAAUAGUCCAGCAAUGAUUCAAUAAUAACCAGAAUCUAUUUUAUUCAAUAGUCCAGCAAUGAUUCAAUAAUAACCAGAAUCUAUUUUAUUCAAUAGUCCAGCAAUGAUUCAAUAAUAACCAGAAUCUAUUUUAAUGAAUAGUCCAGCAAUGAUUCAAUAAUAACCAGAAUCUAUUUUAAUGAAUAGUCCAGCAAUGAUUCAAUAAUAACCAGAAUCGAUUUUAUUGAAUAGUCCAGCAACGAUUCAAUAAUAACCAGAAUCUAUUUUACUGAAUAGUCCAGCAAUGAUUUAAUAAUAAUCAGAAUCUAUUUUGUUGAAUAGUCCAGCAAUGAUUCAUUGCAGCCAUAAGUUUUCUAAUGUGCAUACCAUGUUUCUUUACUGUUAGAAUUAGAUUACCUAUCCCAGUGUAUGGAAUGAUCAGAUUACACAUUGUUCCUGUUAACAUGCACAGUGCAAUACCUACUAUGACAUUUGUGUCUCAGAACAUCAGAAAUAUGUAGGGCUUCACUGAACUGGGUGUGACGGUCACCCAUGAGUAGUCGGGGUAUUUACCGCCUAGAUGUCCUUCACCAAUCUGGAAGGGCGCCGUGGAGUCCCAAUACGACAUCCUAGUAUACUGCUAUGAUAAACAAGUUCCUUAGAGCUCUGAGAAGAGAUAGUGAUUACAGCAGGUAUAGCAUUUCUCUACAGCACGAAACGAGGCUGCAAGUUGAGGGUAAGAAGGUCUGUCAGUUUAAUGGCACAGGCUGGAUUUUUAUACAAUUCCUCAGGCCAGGGGAACUCCCCCCUGGCCUGAUGGAGCACCAAAUUACAAGAUGUACAAACCAAUAAAAACAAAGUACAAGGUCUGACACUCCCACAUACAGCACACAAUCUCUACCCUCUGCUUGGGAGGUAAUUGAGCAAGAUACUGUAAUUAACUCAGUUAUCCCCAAGCAGAAAAAACACAUUUUUCACAAAGUACAGAAAACACCCCAAAAACACAUAUCCCCAUAAAUGUUAUAUCCCCUGACAGCCCUGAUCUGGGUGACCAACAUAUCCAAAAAUCACCCAGAUCAGAGCAGGGGUUCAGAAAAUACCUAGAAGUCUCUUUUGACCGACUGCACGCAUGGGUUUAUGCCCACAAUAGUUCCAGAGAAUUAGGCAGUGUGGUCGGUCUAUUUCCAAUGAUUAAAAUGCACUUCCAAUAUUCGAACGGGACCAUUCGUGUAACAAUGUCAGAGUUGAAGUGCGUUCGGUAGAUUACUUUUACUGAACGGCGCUCUGUUCAUGGGGAUUUAGUUGAAGUUAGCUGGAGGUGAAAGUUCUAGCGGUGUUCGUGCCGUCGAGUGUCCGAUUUUAGUUCCAUGCACUCAACGACAAAACACCGCCACGUGUUCGGCUAUACGAACGGCAACCACCCAGCAGUUCGUCAAUUAAGCUGCGGUUAACCACAACCUCUGGGAGGUUAACAAGCAGCACACUUCCCAUUAUGUGUGGCCUGGUACUUCGGCUGUUCGACGGUUCGAAGUACCACUUCAAAUUACUUUGACAGGUCGAAGUGGUAUUGGUAAAAGUUCCAGCAGGCAGAAAUAAUGUCCUAGAACCAAAUAAGUCACAGGGGCCAUAGUUCCAUGGUAAAAUACUGGCAUAUUUGUCCUUUCCAUAACCCAGGGGCGAUGUGGCCUUCAUUACACAGAAAAGGGAAACCACCAUAACCACUGGGAAAACAGAGGGCUCCUGUUACACUGGGGUUUGUGAGGAAUUGACGAGGAUACUGCACAGUUUUGGCCAUGGUAGUGGUGUUUGACACUUUUUUUUUUUUUCAGCAGUUUUAGACUAAUAUUUGCAGUUUUGUUGCCAAUUCCCUACAACUCAUAGUUCACUGAAUAACCAAAACAUGUGUGUUGUACCCUUCUAGCUAAAAAUAUGUGUAUCCAUUGUACAGCAUUAUCCAUAAUAUGUCGGCAUUUUAUAAAACCAAUAAUAGUGAUAAAUAUCCACACAUCCAGACACAUUUCACUACUUCUCUGCUUAUGCAAAUUUUUUCAAUUAUUUAGCUACAGGCCUGUACAGUUACAUUGAUGAGACGGACGACAGCGGGGAUUUGCUUCCCUCCGGGUUUGAUAAUUACCCUUUGCAUUUGGUAAGUGGAUCGCCAUCUCGCUUGUCUUUUUCCCAUGCCCCCUGCUCUUUCUGAAAUAUGCUGCUUUUCUUCCCAGUAUGACAGCCAGAUGGAUGUUGAAUCAUAUUCCAUGUCUUCAACCUGGGAUGAAAUCCAGAGCAAGAAUUUGUCAGGUUUGUAUACAUUGGAUUCUGUAUUUCCAUUUGCAUGUUUUGCAUUCAAGCAAGAUUUUCACUCAAGGGUUUAUUCCCUAAACAGGGAAGUGAAAACUUCACUUCAAACAUUUGCUCAAAAUAGCUGCAUCUAAAAAACACUUAAGAUAUUGUGACUUCUUCUGUGUUAAGAUGACAGCCUUCUGAUGUGUGGGGAAUAGCAGAUUCAUUAUUUUAGUAGAUUCUGUCAUAAACCUUACUCAGCCAAUUCCACAUCAGAGCGAGCUGAAUCAUUUCAAUGACCUUUAGUAGCACUGGAGAUAUAAACAGAUCCUGGGAGUGCUGGAAAUGGUAUCCUUCUGAGAAAAGAAUAUAUAGGGAAAAAAUGGAAAUGUGUAUCAAUAUAGAAUGUACACUAUAUGGACAAGGGGGGGGCACCUCUUAAUUAUUGAAUUCAAGUGUUUCAAUCAGACCCAUUGCCACGUGUUUAAAUUCAAGCACCUAGCCAAGCAGUCUGCAUUUACAAACAUUUGUGAAUAAAUAGUCGUUCUGAAGAGCUCAGUAGUGAGGUACUGUGAUAGGAUGCCACCUUUCUAAUAAGUCAGUUUGUGAAACUUCAUCCCUACUAGAUAUUCCAUAAUACACAAGGUAUUAUUGGAAAGGGUGAAGCAUUUAGGAACAGCAGCAAGUCAGCUGAAGGCCACGUCAAGUCACAGAGCGCUGAGGCGUAAAAGUCUCCAGUGCUCUGCUGAGCGAAGCAGAAGACCACGUGAAGUCACAGCGCUGAGAGCGUAAAAGUCCCCAAAGCUCUGCUGAUUCCUGAAGAGUUUCAAACACUUUCACUGGUUAUAUUAUUAGCACAAAAACUGGGUUUCCAUGGCUAAGCAGCUGCAUACAAACCUCACAUUGUACACCAAGUACAAUGCCAAGGGUCGGAACAAGUGGUGUAAAGCAAGUCGCCCCUGGACUCUGGAGCAGUGGAAACGUGUUCUGUGAAUUGACAAAUCGCGCUACUCUGUUUGGCUAUCUGAUGGGUGAGUCUGGGUUUGGUGGAUACAAGGAGAACGUCACCUGCCUGACUGCAAAGUGCUUCUUCUAGUGAAGGGAACUCAAUGCUUCAGCAUACUAAGACAUUUUGGACAAUUCUAUACUUCCAAUUAUGUGGGAACAGUUGGGGAAGGCCCUUUUCUAUUAAAGCAUGACUGUGCCCCAGUGCAUAAUACAAGGUCCAUGAAGACAUGAUUGGAUGAGUUUGGUGUGGAAGAACUUGAUGGCCCGCACAGAUCCCUGACCUCAUCGAUUGUAAUGUUCAGGUGUCCCAAUACUAUAAUCAGGAAAUUCAAUAGCACAGGGUCUUAUGGAACCAGAUUGAGAUAAUAUUGUACACUAGAGGGAGCACAACAAACUGAAAUAAAAAUGUAUAGGUAUGCAUAACUUCAUAAUUCAUGAAUAUAAACUUCGCCAUUUGGACUUUCAUGAUAUACUUGGUUUUAGUGGAGCGCCAAAUUAGAAAUAAAUAAUUAAUAAUAAUAAAAAAAAAAAAUCUACAAAAAUGAGAAAGGGGUAUCCAAUGAAAAAGCCGCCAAAGCGGCUAAACUCGUUUGGAGAGGACUUGACUCCUAUCACCAGCAUCCAGUACACGCAAGAUCCUGAUUAUAAUUUGAUGCAGAAAGAACACGCUUAUUACUCGGGACACUGAGCAACUCACUUGAGAUCUGCACUUUACUUAAUAUUCUAUAAGAUAUAUAUAUAUAUAUAUAUAUAUAUAAAAAUACAAAAAUCCCCUGCACUCACGUCCAAAGUCCCACCGCCGGGCGCAAACACCAGGGCUCCACGUAACACAGACUCCAAAGUGGCAACGGCUGCUCUCCGGUUUUAGAAAAAAUUUUUUUUAUUGAAUCAUAAUAAAAGCAAUGACCUAACGUUUCAGUCCCAGCUCGGGACUUUCCUCAGGGUCCAAAAAAACAGAAUAACAAAUACCAUGAAUACAAAUCCUAAAUAUAUACCUAUACAAUUAGAAUUAAAACUCACCCAGGUGUGCUACUGCCAUCACCACCGGGAUCACCGAACUUCCGGGUAUGCGCGCGCACCCGCACGCUCACUCCUCCCACCCCACGUGCUGACGUAAUACGUCCAAUCACCAUGGAGACAUAUACACGAAAUUCUCAACACCGUGGCAACUGAAUGCUGGUUAAAAAAGAUCGUGAUAAUAAAUAGUGUACGAGUGGAUAAUGUUGUGGACAUGUGAAUAAUUGGACAUUAUUAAGAAGGGGUGUAUAAACACCCAAGUUGCCAAUGUAUAAUUAUGGCGUUGACAAUAUAUAAACUUGAAAGUGCAUAGUUAGUAUUAAAUAACAUAUUAAAGUGACAUCAGUGUAAAGUGCAUUAUAAUAUGCUAUCAUAUAAUAAAGUGCUGUAUAACCUCAAGUGCAUAGUAUACCCAAUACAUCAAUAUUAUUUAAAAGAAACUAAUAGCAUAUGACACAUGCUAAAAAAAAGAAAAUAUAUAAAAUUAAUACAUCCUAUAUUCUAAUACUAAACACCAACUAUAUAUUAUACUUAUAAUAUUAAAAACAAAACAACAAUUGGUAACAAGCUAUAUUUCAAAUAAAGGCAUUGUACGGAAUAUUUUCAUUAAGUCCCAUAGGAGAUACUGUAUUUAAUUGAUAUAACCAAAAAGCUUCUCUUUGAAGGAGCAUUUUACUCCUAUUACCACCUCUACGAGGAAGAGGGAUGUGAUCUAUACCCACAAAUUUAAGGCAUGUCAAUGAAUGGUUUUUGUCCAAAAAAUGUUGAGCCACCGGUUUGUCCGAAUAUCCGUCCCUGUACGCCAAUCUAAUACUUGAACGGUGGCCUCUAAUGCGCUCACAGAGUUGUGUCUCCGUCUUGCCCACAUAAUACAAUCCACACGGGCACAUCAAUUUAUGUACCACAAACAUUGUUUUGCAAGUGAUAGUGUGUCUGAUAUCAUAAACUUUGUUGGUGUGUGGGUGGCUGAAUUCUUUUGCUUUUAUUAUGAUUCAAUAAAAAAUUUUUUUCUAAAACCGGAGAGCAGCCGUUGCCACUUUGGAAUAUAUAUAUAUAUAUAUAUAUAUAUAUAUAUAUAUAUAUAUAUAUAUAUAUAUAUAUAUUAUAUUUUAUAUAUAAUUUUUUUUUUAAAGUAUUAAAUCUUUCCUUUUAAUUACAUGGGAUAGAUACUUUAUAACAUACGUUUUAUGUUUGAUUCAUUUUUAUAUACCGGGAUCUGUGCUAUGGAAUGAGCUGCUAAUCUGGAUUACUUGACUACGAAAGGAAUCUAAAGGACUAAUUACAGGACUCUAUCAUAUAUAUUUUUUGCAAAGACUGAAUAUUUCCUGUGUUUUUUUUUUGUUUUGUUUUUUUAAACCUGAUGAUAUUAUUGGAGAAUACUAUAUUGAUUUUUUUAUAAACCAGAACAGGUGGUGUACCCAGAGAUUUGGGAAAAUUGUGUUUAUUUUGCAUUUGGACUUUUAUGUUCAAAUUUUGUUUUUAUUUCACUACAGUUCACUGUUUAGUAAUUCUUAUCUUUUGACUCCAUACACACGUGUUGUGGAGUGCUCAUCAGAUUCAUGAUCAGCACAAUAUGAGAAUUAGUUGUGUACUUUUUUAUGUUUCCCAGAUAUAAUAGAACCUAGACCUACGUGUUACGCUUAUAACACAGUAUUGAAUAUACAUGUUCUCAUAGCCAUUGUGAGAACUUCUGUUCAGUUCCUGAGUUAUGUUUCUCUUAUAGAAUCCAGUACGCCCCUCUUACUCUUGGCUCUUUUUUUUUUCUCUUAGGAAAAAAUUAGAAAAGUGUAAUAUAGUAAUCAGCCACUAGGGGUCCCCCAGCACCAGUGUAUGUGUAAGUUAAGCAAAUCAGGUGGAAGUAGUUUAUUGUGCAUUGUAUAUUGAUAAUCUAUAGUGGGAUGUGGCAAAGGUUUAUGGAAAGAGAAGUCAAGCAGUCUUAUUCACAUGAAUCUCUUGCGUACAAGCCACAUCAUUGAGUUUCCUCCCCAGUUGGUCCCUUAUUUGAAAUAUGCUAUCACUCACAUCAGUUAAAAUAAAUGGUAUUAGUGAGAGCAUCCCAGUGAUAAUAACUGUCCAGUUAAUAUUAAAGGGUUUGUCACUGUAAUAAUUCAGAAUCAACAUUAUUCAGUUAUAUGACCAGGAUCUUAAAUGGUAGAGUGAGUUCAAAUUUGUAGUAAAAUGUAACACCCUUAACAAUCAGUGCACACUCUGACCGUGUAACAGGUUAGGCAUUCCUUGGUUUUGUUGGCUAAUGCUCAUCUUGCAUCAAAAAUCAAAUUGGGUAUAAAUACUGAAUACUAACCCAGGUAGCAUGGCGGGAGUACUGAUAAGUACAGAUUAGCUAAUGAGUUUGCAGGCAAUCAGGUUGUGAAGAUGUUCUGUAACGGCUGUUUUAAACAUGGUGUGUAGCUUAUAAAAUGACCAUUCUUUUCACAGAUCUCCUAGUAAAAACCGAGCCAGCAUCUCCGUUCUCCUCGUCAUCUUGUGACUCCUCCUCCUCCUGUGAUGCCCUUUAUGCAGUAAGUACAGAUCCAUGUCACAGUCAUGCUCCUUGUCUGUCUGUCUGUCUCUUAAUAGCAUAAUUAUGACUGUUCUCUAAACGCACAUUUUUGUUCUAUCAAACAGUUUUAACGUUUUGCUUUAUGUUUUCCCCAGCAAUCUCUGGAAGAUUUGGGAGCCACAGUGAAAGUUGAGUUCCCCCCUCCGCAGCCAUGUCACAACCAGGAUGCAUCACUUCAAACCUGUGGCGCUCUCCAAAUAACCCUACUUCCUGUGCCUGCCGUGACAGGUGACUACCCACUGUCUAUUCCUUGUGUGUGGCUUUAUUGCGUUGCCCUUGGGUGUAAUGUGACACAUAAAACAUUAUUGAUUGCUACAAAUCCUCCAUAAACCAUAGAGUAUCUUCAGUAAAACGGGGGUCCAAUUGCUCUCUUAACUUGUUUAGGUUUGCCUUUGUUUCCCCCAAAGCCUUUGCUCACGUUAUUUAUUUUGUAGAUUGUAUAGUCAUUCCUUUGACUGUUCCAUACAUGCUGCAGAUUUCCUUGCUCUGCUCUCCUCAAGGCAUUUACACCCUUUUACAAAUGAGACCAAACAUUGUUCUCCUGCCUGUGCCGCCUUGUAUGUCCCAGUCUAGUGACAUGUAUUGGUUAGCAAAUAGCAGGUCAAUGUUUUGGAAAGACAAUGCAAAUGGGGUUGUGUCUGUGCUAAGCAAUAUGAUGGGUAGAUAUACCUUCCACAGUUGCACAAAACUGACCAAAAUCAGCACUUACUACAAUCAAGACGAGACUCUGUGUGCCCGAAGGGUUAUCAGCUAUACAGCUUGAAUUGUAGGAAGUGUUGCAUUUGAUCUAUUUUGUUCUUUUGUACCAGUUAAUUUCUUAUUGUGUCUAUUGUGUAAGUAUUUUUUAUGUUAUGGAAUUGAUUACAACUGGUUGUUUGCUGCUCCCAGGGGCGAACAGCAUCCGCUUAUAAUGUAGUUGCUAAUUAUUGAUGAGCAUUUCUGAUAACAUUGAAACUGCUCGCGGAACCCAGAAAAUAGUGUAUUUCUUUCUAGUUGUACGGGACCAAGUGAAAUCAGUGGAGUCCUGUCCGUUGAUUUUAAAAAUGAGCGUGUCCCACUUUAAGAAACAGAGAACUUUGGUGACCCCCUUACCUUGCAUUCUUGCAAUCUCACCAGUGUGGUAUCUUACACUGUAAAUGGUACUUUUCCACCAAAAUCAAGUGCAGUUGUUUAACAUUUGUUUUUAUUAAAUAAGCUUUAUUUUUUUAAGUUUAGUGUCUUUAAAUUUCCAGCCUGCGUAAUUGCAGGUGUUACUCUAAUCAGUAAGAUUUUCCUCUCUUAAAUCAAUAAAUCCUAUAAAUGAAGGGGAGCGGGGCUCCAGAUUUUCUCUGUGUACUCCUUCCUCCCCCAGGGGCCCGUAGUGCUGUAAUGGUAACUUGACAUUGUUUGUUUGUUUACGUUCUGUAACUGAGGAACAAACACAGACAGUAUUAGCGCGGUUUUCCGUGGUGACUACUGCUGGACAGUCUGCAAGGAGAAUUGUCUGUCCAGAUCUUCACAUAUUGGAGAGGAAAAUCAGUUUGGGGCGUAAUUAAGUAUUUAACAUUAGCAAUACGCAGUGGAAUGUUUUAAUUUUUUAUGUUACCUCCAGGGGUGCAAGAGAGCAGUCUGAAUAAUGUGACAAUAUUAAACUGGAGCUGUCCCCUGUCUCAUUGCUCAGUAUUUUUUAUUUUCAUUUUACGUUUUUACAGCUAAUUUUGUUGUAAUACUAAAAUUUUUAGGGAUAAAGUAGCUUGAUGAAAGCUUACUGGAUUCUUCCAGUGACGUAUAGAUUAUACCAGAGGUAUGAGCUGUAGAAUUAUUGGUUUAUUAUGGCCAGUCCUAGCUCUUGUGGCCUACAAGCACCUGAAUGGCUGACUGUUUCAAUGAUUCGAUAAUUCUCUUACUAGUUAGAAAUCUUUUUUCUCCCUUUCUUUCUUUCAGCUUCAUCCGGGUGCCUCUCUAAGUCUAGCAAUCUAGUUCCCAAGAAACCAGCUUUGCAACCGAGGCCUAGCCCAGGAACCAAACCUCCUCCACCCCAAAGCAACACGUCUCACACCAUCAUCCUGCACCCUGUAAAUAACGCUUCUACCCCAGGACCUGCACCUGCACCAGCUCUCACAGGUAUACCCCCCUUAUACAGCCUUUCAUACAAUAAAUUUGGGAUUGCUGGGUGAUCUUUUCUUGUUAAUUACCCAAGACUUGUGGAUAGGUUUGAGUUAAUAUUAUUUAUUGAGUCAUUAUAAACCUCCCCCCCAACUCCAACACCAUAGAGACUUUUCAGACGCUAGGAGAAUGGCAUGUUGGAAGUGAUGCUGACCUCUGGAACGGUUUAUCAUGAAGGGUCUGUACUUAGUUCCUGACAGGGUUUGAAAAGCCUUAACUUGAACAGGAAGGGUUAAUAAGCACUGAGGUUAUGCAAGAACGGCUUAGCAAUAGCUGGGUUUUUACUUGCAUCGUGUUACCUUCUACAGUGAAUCCUUUUGCAGAAAUCUCCAGAUCAAACGCUGUAACUCAUGAAAUACAAGCUGAGUACUAAAGUCAAAAGAUGAAGCACUAAAAUGCUGUCAAUAUGGCUGGAGUUUUAAGUAAACUGGUCACCCUUUAAUUACACGAUUGCCAGGAUGGCCGUUAUAGGAUUGGCUUAGCCUCUUGUUAUAAGAGUUAACACACUGCAAUAGAGAUUUAGAUUGAGAUUUUGCUAAGUUUGGCCCCUGUAAGCACUCUUUAAUUAGUAAAUAUCUGUUGAGCUGUGAUUUUCUUUUUUCAGCGUGUUAAAGAGGAGGUGAGCUUUAUAUGUUAUACCAAGGAUUAGGCAUAUUAUUGCAAACUGCAAAACCCAUUUCAUCUCUGCCCGAGUGCCGCCUUAAUAUAGAGUUUGUUAUGAUGCUUUAUAAUCACUUUAAGGCCUGCUGAGUCUUGGAUCGAACAGUGGAAACCAGAGCAAGAAGUGUUACAUCAGGGGCCUAAUAAAGAGACUGGGCAGUCUGUGGAGCAGUGCUAGCCAAUCUCAAAUUCCCCAGCUAUUAGCGGAAUGCAACUCCUAUCACCUCUUUUCAACAGUAGCGGCUGCUCAGUGCUUGCUAUCUGUAGCCUUCCUUUAAAAUUAUGUGCCAAGACCUGUCCAGAAAUGAACAGAGCAUUAAUGCAGUCAUCUCUUUGAAAGCCAGAGGCAAUGCAUUGGACUCACGCUUGGCACUCAAAGGGUUAAGUAGAUCCAGGAUUGGAGUCCAUGACAAUCCCGCCCCCACCUUCUAUCCUUCUAUCUGACAGAAGGACCCUACCACUGCCAGAGGCUGCUAUUCAGUGUGUUGCAUUUUCAGGCCAUUUUGCCACUGAGUGUUUAGUCCCUUCCGUUGCAGCCUUGUGUGGACCUGAAAGGGUUAAGGACCUGGCAAUAGACCACAAUAGCUGUUUUCAAGACUACUGUGGAAUCAGGAUCAAAAGCCAGAUAUUGUUCCUUUCCUUGCGUUUUGAAUUUUAAUGAAAUAAUCUUUCAAGACUGCGGAAUGUCCCUGUGAUAGUAUUCCCACGGGACUUCUCUGGAGCUUUACACUCUCAGCCAAAAAGUUUGUUUUUGUGUACUUUCCACUUGUAAAUGGAAGCCCUUAAAAACAUCACUGGAGAAAAUGCUCUUGGGUAAGGUUUCAGGCUGUCUACAUAGCUAGCUAGGUAUUGGAGAUAGCACCUAAACCAUUCUGUGGGUGGAAAGGUGGAGAAAUGGUAUAACUUUAUCAAACCCACAGAGUUCUCUUGUAUGCCACCUGUCCCUAGGACAACAACGAAGAACACAUUUUAACUGACAAUACACCUACAAUUAAGGGGAAAUUUUCCAACAGGGUUAUAUUUUCCUACUUUUUGGAUUCAAUUUUGGAAAUCCAUUGUCAACUCACUUGAGAGAGCGAGUGAAUUUCCGCAACAUUCUGCUAGUCUUGGCAGGGACACACUGAGUUUUGCCAACACGUGAAACCUCCAAUCCGGCAUAACGUUUGGCAAACAGCAACUAGUGGAUUUACAGAGCUGAACUCUACAGCUGGCUCAGGGCUUAAUGAACAAAUCCCCCUACACCCCUGCCGAAGGUCUUGACCCUCUGAAUGAUCUUUUAAAAUGAAAAAUAAACUUUGGUGUCUGAGAAGCAAACUGGCACUAUAAGCACAUUAAUAAGCUAGCAGUACUGUCAAUUAUAUUUGUAUUUCAUAAAGAAAUAUAAUGGCUUACACAGUUUAGAAAGCAAGACCAGAAAUGGCAAAUCUUUUCACCCAUCAAUGUGAGGAACCCUGGGACAUUUAAAACGAUUUAACUUUGAUAGGGCAGUCGCUCUGGUAUGUCCAUCCAUUGGCCUGUUGCACUGAAGGCAUGAGCUUUGCUAUAUCAUCUGUAUACUGGUAGCCUAAUGAUAAGACUAGCCCUGUUUUAUUACAUGUGUAGAAAGGUGGGUGCUCAGUUAUUCACUUUAAUGGCCUUCAUCGGGACUGCCAUUGCUGGGAUUGUUUUCAGUUAAUAUCCAGUUAGUGGACAUACUUAUAUGCAAGUCUUCCAUUGUGCAUUCCAUAGCAUUCUAAGGGUUAAUGUUUCUCAAGUUAAAUUAUAAAAGGACAUUUCAUUGCAUUUUUAGUUUUGGAAAUAUAGAACCGAAUUUACCUGAACCGUUGAAAUUUAGACUGACAGCUGUUGGCUGUUUUUAACCAGAUAAGUACCGGUAAUUUGUGUGGGAGAGCUGUGGUCUUGUCUCAGACUGUAAGCAGACCCCCCCAAUAUUAAGGUUCCACUUGAAGUCUUCACUGGAGCUCAGUAAGAUCUCACCCACAGACUUUGCUUUUUUCUCCCAAUCCAUUGUGUUAUGUAUUCAGCAUAGUCCUGAGUGAUCUGUGGUUUUAAUUUUAUAGGUUUCACAGUCCUCUCGAGUGUUAAUGCCUAUUGUCAUUCCAUUCCUCCAGCAUCACCACCUGUUCUAGUAUCACAACUUAUGACUGUACAGAAUGCACGAUCCGGAACAUCUCCUGCUAAGCCAGAAGCCAAGACUAUUGUGCCGGCCCCGUGCUCCAGUAAAAGCAAUCCCCCUGAUGUGGAUGUAAGUCUGAGGGCUUCUGUGAUCAGGAAAGGGAAGACUGUCCUGUGUAUUUUCCCGCUUGGCACUGAGAGGGUUAAUAAAGGCCUAUUUUCUGCUGCCCAUUUCUUAUCAAUAAAGCCUGUUCAGCUUGUAUCAUGUGACUGAAGAGAGGUAAUUUGAACAGUGUGUCAUGCAGGAAAGAGUUAAGAAUGCGUUCAGCAUAAAUGGUCAGCCAAGUCGCUAAAGUGCAUACAGAUCGAAUAGGAGACUGUUACUAAUUAAACACUCAUAUUACAGCAUGUGAUCUGCAGUAGAUGACAUUAUUAAUGGCCUUAAUGUACAGCUUCCUGUGGAUCUCAUUUGUAUGCAAGAGCAUAAAGCUUCAUCGGGAUUACUUUCAGGAUUCUGUUGAGGUCAGGGGUAUUGAAUAAUGGUUUCCAAGACUUUUGUUGACAAAGUGGUUCACAACAUCAUGUUUUACAGCCAAAGCUCUUAAAGAGACAGCAACGCAUGAUCAAAAACAGGGAGUCUGCAUGCCAGUCCCGGCGGAAGAAGAAGGAAUAUGUGCAGAGUCUGGAGGCGAGACUACAGGAGACAGAGAGACAGCUAGAUAUUGCUCGCAGAGAGAACAGGGAACUAAGGGAGACCUUGCAACAUUUAAUCAGAGAGGUAUGACACUCGGGAAACUUACCUGCAGAGUAUCUUAUCAACCAGGAGUCUGCAGAAUUCUUUAUUUUAUAGAAAACUAACAAUGGAAAGCAUCUCAUAUAGUCUAUGUGAACAUAUUAAAUAGAAACACUCUACAUUUGUGUGAUCUGAAAGCAUUCUGCUUAGCAUAGCUGGCAGCAAAAUUAAGACAUUGAAAAGAGAUAUCUGCAUGUGAGAGAAGCAUAUUAUGUUGGUUAGAAGUCCAGAGUGACCCAUAAUAGAUUUCUCAAGAAUACGUGUUCUGUAAUCUCGCAGGACUAAUUAAACCGUUGAAAACGCAACAGCCCGUGAGUGUCCAAUAUUAAAAGAAUAUCAGUCUCACAUGAGAAAAAUAUGUAAUGACAGGACACUCUUAAUGCUAAAUGUUUCUCUGUCUAGAACUCAACUCUACAAAGUUCAUCGGGCGGAAGGAAGGUUGUCUGUGUGAUGGUUGUCCUUGUGUUCAUUGCAUUCAACUUUGGACCUACGAGGUGAGUCUACAAUAUAAAGUGUAGCAGUGAUGCCAUGUUCGGGACUAGAGACCUUAAAACCUUCUACCUACUGCUUUUUCUCUUUAGUCUCAUCCGCAACAGAAAGGAUGAUAACGUGAGAAAUCCUGAGAUCUCCCAUCAUGCACGUCACUUACUGACUUACAAUGGGGUCGAAGAGCCACCUGAGCCGCAAAAGCCGAAAUUUUACCGUACACACACCACUGCUACCACAAGGAGCACUUUCCGGUAAAUGUCCUCUCUUUGUCCUUGCUCUGGCUUAUUUCUGUUGUGAUUUGUGUGUAUCGUGGUGCCAAUUUGGGCUCCUUCCACUGCUCUCAGUAAUGUUGCUUUGUUUCUGUAAUUAUAACAGACUGUCUAUCUCUUUGUCUCAGUAACUCGAGUGGCUCACUAGCAAAUGUUAAGCAUCUGAUGGUUCGAGAUCUAGAUCAGCUCUUUCUCACGUCAGACUGUAGACACUUCAACCACACUGAAUCGCUCAGGUUUGUAUUAAGGCCUUAUUUGGGCUGUGUCACAGUUUAUGUAUUGUAAGCUAGGAGGCUGCCGUUGUCCACUUGUUGAUCCACAUUGUGUCUUUUUGUCCCUGUAUCUCUUACGGCUGUCCAUCAUGUUGUACAUAAAGCUGAGCAAUGUUCAUUCUGUGUUAAAAUGGUGGCAGUAUCAGAUGGCAUUAGUUUUCCUCUAAAAACACCAAUACUGAUCAUGAUCCUCAAUCACACAUUGUGCUUCCAUGAAUACAAAACACAAUGUUGCAUCAAAUUGUGAGCAGGCCACGGUUUUCACCAAUUACUGAUAGCUAGGAGAAUUAAAGCUAGAAUAUGCCAACGCAUGCACUCUUUCACCGCUGUCAUUCAGCAUCCAUUGCAGUAGCUUGUUUUGGUAACUCCUCCUCUGCGUUUACUAACUCCACCCUUUUUAUACCAGAAUAAUACUUGCAGCUGCCAUUAGUCUGUUAUCAAUGUCUAUCAAGUUUCCUCAAAAGCCAAUAUGUCUCCCCAAAGUGUGUGUGGAGUUUCUUUGCACAAAACGUAAAACCCUCUGCCAUUGUACUGAACAGAGCAGUUUCCUGGUAACAAGGCCUUGAUAUCAUGCUAAACACGCUGUUACAAGCCCUGAUUCUGGAUUCAACGGCUGUGUUUUUUGUAAUUUAUUAUUGCUUUCAGUUUUGCAAUGUUUGAGACACAGAGAAAGAAGGUAGGGUGGGAUAGGUUGAUGGAUGAGAGGAAAGUGACAUGGAGGCCUGUGGUUCAUUCCAUGAAAAUGGAAGUUUCACUAGGCGCAAGGUUUAGUUUGUUCUCUAGGCUCCGGCCCGCCAGAACAUACUGUAAUGAUUGGAUGGUAUCCUGGGGGGAAAAUGUAGCCAGCCAGGGCAAUCAGACUUUUAGACAGUGUUCUGUGGCCAUGCUGUAUUAUAACUGACAAACACACCCAAAGCUAAUAUGGAGAGCCAGCCACUCUAAUCUACACAUCAUGGCUGUAGUACAGGAGGCUAUGGAUGAAAACGAAUGCUCAUAACAAAACCUAGACCACAUUAAAUUAGCUUAAAGGAACACUAUAAGAUCAGGAACACAAACAUGUAUUCAUGACCCUAUAGUGUUAAAAACACCAUCAGCCCCCCUUACCCCUCUAAAUAUAGUAUAAUAUUACCUUUAUUCCAGUCUGUUGGUGCUUGCUCUGCUCCUAAACUGCCUCCUUGGUUGAUAUCAUCAGAGGUGGUGAUCUCAGUCAAUCACAAUGCAUUGCCAUAGGAAAGCAUUGGAUUGCCUCAGAAUGUCAAGGAGUCCGAUCAGGGGCAGAGCCAGCACAAGCCAAACGCCACCCUGGCCAAUCAGCAUCUCCUCAGAGAUGUCUUGAAUCAAUUCAUCUCUGUGAGAUUAGUUUAGUGUCUCCAUGCAGAGGGUGGGGACACUGAAUGUCAGUGCUGCAUACUGUACAGCAUUGACCCAAGAAGCACCCCUAAUAGCCACCUGAGGAAUGGCCACUGGAGUUAUCACUAGGCUGCAAUGUAAACACUCCCUUUUGUGAUUCAGAGCCAGUCUCGAAGCUAGCUGAGCAUCAUGGGAAAUGUAUUUCAUGAACCUCUAGUUAAGCUAUGACUCCUGUAGGCGAGAAAUUCUAGAAUCUAAGUAGAAACGUCUCUCAAUAUGAGGUAGCAAAAGUGCUCAAAUACUGUUACCAUAGAAACUGGCCUUUUUUUUUUCCAUGGUCUACUAGAUAAAUAUACAUCACAAUUCUGUCUGUACAACCUGUGAUUACAGUAUAUGAAUUCAGUAGCUGUGACUUUACUACAGCUUGGCUGAGUUUAUUCGAAUCAAUCAUUUGUACUUUCACAAGGAAAGGGACAGGGAGAAUGGAGAGCGAGAAACAGCCAUUCUUUACUCAGAGCAGAUAAUGCAGCAUCUUUGUGUCUGAUAUCACUUUACCGUCGGAGUGGGGGGCUCGGCAGGUGACGAGUAUGAUCUCAGGAACGUGGAAUAUAUCAUGUUUUUAAUAUAUUGCCUUAAACCUUCUGUGGGAAUGAUUUGAGAGAACCAGGAAGAUCUGGAUUCCACAUGUUAUUUAAUGACAACAAAUUUCUUCAUGGAGUGAUCAAUUUUAUACGAGUGUAUUUUUUAUUUUAUUUUAUUACAAUAUAUAUGUUUCCCAUUGUGCUUAUCCAGGAUAUGGGAUAAUGGAGAAUAUCCUCGGUGUCUACUUUAAGACAAGGGAACACUCUGUUGUAAAGCGCUGAGGAAUAUCCUAGCGCCACAUAAACACUAAUAAUAUGCUAGAUCAUCUUGUGGAACAAUACAUUUUGUAUUCCAUGCUCCCCAUAAUGUAGGGGUACCCCAACAAACUUCUCUCCAGUUGUUGGGGUGUUAUAUUGUUAGAUAUAAAGCAGCUGUAGGUGGUGAUAUUGUUUAUCGCCGUCACUCACCCUGUUCUGUCUAUUUUGCAACGCUGAGUGUGUGUACCCCCAUAGCGAGUAUAAAACGCACAGCUCCAGAUAAGCAAAUAGAAUGAGAAUUUAGUGCAGGCAGUCUCCAGAGUUACCAGCCCUUAAUGAUAUUUCUGCUUCUAUUUGAGUGGCCACAUAUUAGUCAGAAAGCCCUGUUCUCUCUCUGUGCUCUAAGAUGACCAGACAAGGCACUCAUUAUAACCCUGCGAGCUGUAUUUAUUAGAGAGCCCUGUUCUCUCUGCUCUAAGGUGACCAGACAAGUCACUCAUUAUAACCCUGCAAGCUGUAUUUAUUAGAGAGCCCUGUUCUCUCUCUGUGCUCUAAGGUGACCAGACAAGGCACUCAUUAUAACCCUGCGAGCUGUAUUUAUUAGAGAGCCCUGUUCUCUCUUUGUGCUCUAAGAUGACCAGACAAGGCACUCAUCACAACCCUGGAAGCUGUAUUUAUUUCAAGUACUCGUAACCUUUUCAUUGCUGAGGGAAAGGCUUUUACUUUGGGAUUGUGGAAAUUAAGCAUCAUAUUGUUUUAAUCUGCCUGUCACUAGCACCAGCUGAGUGGGUCUUGCGUUUCUACGUGUCCUUUUAGGCAUGUACUUGUACAUGGGAAAUUGAUGAAGCAAGUUAGGAUUGCCUCAGGUAUGGUUGCAGUCUUUAUUCUCCUGAGGAAAUCUCGAUACAGAGAUCGCAGCCUAAAGAAACGUAGUUUACAGGACCAACGUGUAUUCCUCUGGAAGAUUUGCUGAUUAAAGGGGAAUGACACAUGUACCGACAUGUGUGUCCACUUACUGCCUAAAACAUGUUUGCAAAACACCAGGAUUAUGCAUAAUCAAAUAAAUAGCCAUAACGAGCCCCAGAUAAAUUGCGCAGCCUGUGCUCUGGUUCAUAGGCUUCAUAUCUCCUGUCAGGCAGCUGGAACAAAUAUUUAACCCUUUGGUUGCCAAUAUGUUUUCAGUUUGAUUUCACACUGCAAACUCCUAGUCAUAAUUUAUGGACAACAAAGAUUCCGUGUGUACGUACCACCGAGUGCUUUCAAGCCCUGCCAGACAGAAUACAGAAUUAAUUACCAUCCAACUAACAGGUUGUUGGGAAUUUGUAGCGCAUUCCACGUUAUAGGCCAAAAGCAGAAUUGGAAAUGCAACUGCCUGGCAUAAUUCUGUAUAUUUUGGUCCAAUAUAUGUUGCACUUUGACUUCCUGACCAUGCACACAGCUUGCAAUAUAUCUCCAUCCUGUACUCCCCAUCCUCCUCUACCUCGCUUUAUCUUCCUGUGGUGUUAUCUUUCUCUAUAUAACUGCCCCCUCCCUUUUUAACAUUCAUUUAAAAAUAAAAAAAAUGUUUUAUUCUUUUCAGGUUGGCAGAUGAACUCAGCUUGUGGGUCCGUCGACAUCAAAACGAGCGGAAGACUGGAAAGCAAGCCACCAAAAAAACAAGAAGAGUCAAGGUGGGGAGCUUUGUAAGCCGUGUGAGAUGAUGAACGUUCUCCUUGUUCUAGAUCUGUUAACGUGAUCUAUUGUUGUUAUUUUUUCCUCCCCUCAGAAGCCAUUAAUUAGGAAGGCUGUGUCCCUCUCAGACCUGGUCCCAGCUCAUACUUCUAGAUUCACUCAGAGGUUCGUCACUUCACUUCUUCACUUCUUUUCAUUUAUUGGAUUUUCUUUUGAGAUCUACAGAUUUGCUUCUUCCCCUCUCCUGUGUUUUAUUCUGAAACUCAUCUCUAACACUGUUCUUUAGGCUCCACACUGCUCCGUUACAGCUGUAUGGUCCCACAGAUCAAAGUGAUAACUUUCUCAUGGACGCCAUUGAAAGACGAGAAGAUACUUUCUACGUAGUGUCAUUCCGAAGGGUCAGUAUUGUGUCCUCCAUUUAAUCCUUUCUAUUUGUUUUUCCUCUCAAGCUGGCUUUCAAGUCAACCACUUCUUUAUCUCUUAAAUUUAGGAUCACCUUCUCCUUCCUGCUAUAAGUCACAAUAAGACCUCUCGCCCUAAGAUGUCCCUUGUAAUGCCAGCUAUGUCUGUAAAUGGUAAGUAGCCUUCCGGAAAAACAUGAUGUGGCGUUACAAAUACAUGUUCAAUAUAGAGUGACCUGGCCUUAGUGGCUUUUCCCACAUACUUCACAUAGGGAAGUCUAGCUCCCCAUUAAAUUGUUCAAGUAUUUUCCUUCACUUAGCAAAGAACAGGAGGUAGGUGCAGCGCCUAAAUAGUUCUCAUAGGGGUAUAUAAAAGGGAGAUACAAUAGUGUAGUAUUUAACACUUUGGUGUAAAUUAGAUAAAAAAUGGACACUCACACUUCUCUUUAAUACAGCUCCAACUUAUGCACCUGGGUGGAAUAAUCCCAGCCUAAGGGUCAAGUGCAAGGUUGAUUCUUUGUGUUGUCGUGGUUGUGGGAGGUAUCCUCAUAGAAAUAAAAAAUUAAAACUGUAUAUGGUGUAGUAUAUUGAGCUAUGGAGCAGAAGUAGGUAUAGAUAAAAAUGCACACUCACAUGUUAUUGAGCUGUAAAUAUGGCUCCUAGGACAUCGUAUGAAGUGGUAUGAUCUCCACUCAAGGGUAUAGGUGCAGAUAGUUGUUCUCCGUGGAAAUAUACAUAUAUAUAUAUAUAUAUAUAUAUAGUGCAAAACACAAUAAAAAAGAUAAAAGACCCUACUAACAUGUUCAAGAGCAAAAUGUGGUUUGCUCAAUCCAGUGCGCUUAGGUGGUAUUAUCCCCACCAAGGAUAUAACCCAAAAGAUCCAACAGCAGCAGCAAUAGGUCCAAUAAAAAGUACUUUAAUAUAAAAAACAGUAACAGAGUAAAAAAACAAUAUUAGGUGAAACUCGUUAAGUGUAUUUCCAUAUUGUUUUUUUUUUAUAAUGUUACUGUUUUAUAGUCCCCCCCCCCUUUUAUUUACCCCAUAUGAGGACUAUUUAGGCGCUGAAACCUACCCCCUUUUUUUUACCCAGCUUUCGAUUGGAAGAGAGAGACUCUGUACUUGUUUUAGCUGACUGUAAUUAUUUCACUUGAGCGCUGAAUUAUAUCUUUUUAUGUUAUCCUAUUUGCCUUCACUUGCAGGAGCCUUGCCAUUAGAUGUCGAUAUUGUAGUUCCCUAUGUGGCUCAGAAUGCUGUGUUCACAUGGCACCUCCUGUCCGUGACAGAGGCUUUUAUUAAUGCUUUGAGCAGGCUGUUUGUUCUCAGGCAGACACUGCUUCUUAGGGCCAUAAAAACUAGAAUACUGUGUAGUGGUUCGAUGCUUGGAGUGUCCCUUUAAAUGAGCUUAUCAGAAUGGUAUCAUUCUUUAAGACUGUACACUUGUAUCGUACCAUGUAAUAUUGCUCUCUAUGAGAAUAGCAGGAGGCUUCAGCCUGUCAUAAGGCUGGUCAGUGACAUACAUAUGGUGAACAAGGGAAUAAAUCUUUAUUAUUCUAUUAUCAUUAGUUUCUGUAUAGCUCCAACAUAUUCCACAGUGCUUUAUAAUUAUAGAGAGGGGUGAGGAGAGCUCACAAUCUAUGUGUUCCUCUUUAAAUUUUAGAAGAUGCAAUAUACAAAGAGGAUUUGAGACACUUCUGGAAGAAAAGUUCUCGAUAGUCAUGUGUUGAUGUCUUAUCUGGAAUUUUUUUAAAUGUAAAAUUACAUCCCUUUUCCUGUUAUUUUGUUAGGGUUUAACAAGUCGGAAAAGUAAUUGUAUAAUGAAUAGACUGUAUUUUUCCUCUCUUAUUUUUUAAAUGCCCCUCAAUGGUUUUUAAAUGCCCCUCAAUGGUUUUAACUAUUGAUAUUCAUGUGUUUGCAAUCCCCUAAUCAUUUCCUUAUAUGUUCUUUUACCUAUCUCCAUCACCCUUUCCCCUCUUUUCUUUACAUGUAAUCCCUCCAUGCUCAAUCUCUGUGUACCCUGUCUGUUGCAGACACUGUAUAUAAUAAUUCCCGGGGAUAUGAAACCAUGAUGCAGAUUGACUGCGAAGUUAUGGACACGCGUGUCAUCCAGAUCAAAUCAUCCACUGUGCCCCCAUCUCUGCGUACACCCCCUCAACAUCCCACGCCGGAGGGUGCCUCCCGUGGGAACCUCUCUCUAUACCUCCAGGACCAUACCCCACCGGAAGAUGGGCAGAACUGAAAGAAGGGGAAUGAGUGAGAGUGGAAUGAGUGUGAGUGCGAGAUUGCAUGUGUUAUAUAAUGUAUAGAAGCAAACCAUAUUAAGUGUAAAGUACACAUGCAUAUCUUCAGAAAUAGAAUCAUGUAUGGAUUUUUAUAUGUGUAAAUAAUAAUAUGUGUAUAUAUGAGAGAAUAUAAGUAAUUAUGAGCACACAAACAGCUGACACACACACAUGUAUACACGCAGUGUAUCUGUGUGCCGAGACACGGAGAGCAUCUUUCUGUUUAUAUGUGUAUGUGUGUGUUUUAUUUAUAUUAUAUAUAAUAGCUACACAUACAUAUAUGUACAUAUAUUCAGAUCAGAAUCCAAAUGACUUGGAUGGGUAUAUAUAUGUGUAUAUUCAUAUGUUUGUGUGCGCGUUUUCUUCAUUUUUUUAUCUUUUUAAAGGGAAAUUAAAUGGCAGUCAGGGCAGGCAUGUAGUGUUUCUUAUUGCUUUGCUUAGAGGGAAACCGCACUUUGGGAUGGGUAGCAAUGUGUGGAAUAGGCCCUUCUGAGUACUUGUAGAGGGCAGUUGUCUAUUCAUGUACAGAUAUUACAAACCCCCUCUGGGCUGCAGGUCAGUUUGUGCGAUGCCUAGAAGAGUGUAUAGGAAUCGUGUGCAGUAGUCGUGCACUUGUGUUAGAUGCAGUCAUUUGUAUUUUGGUUAAGAUAAAAAAAAUUUUUAUAAUAAAUAUUUGAAAAAUG